CCCUAAUAAAUUAAACCGAACAGAAAACCCUAAUAAGGCUUCUUCUUUCUCUUCCUCCUAAACCUCUCUGAAUCGAUGGAGAUGAAGAGUGAUCCUACUACGGAUGGAAAAAGAAAUCGGCGCAAGACUAUUCAUCAAAGCUCCACUUCCGUCUAUUUCUUCACAGGAUCCCUGUCGUCAGAUCUCAUUUCAGAAAUCAUAAGCAGACUUCCCGUCAAAUUCCUCCUCCAACUAAGGUGCGUCUGCAAAUCCUGGUGCUCUUUGAUAUCUGAUCCCAUAUUCGUCAAGAAACAUCUUAAAGCUUCCACCCAAAACGUGGAUUAUGCACACCAUAGAUUUAUUAUGGUCAACUAUACUCGUCCUUUUACUUUGAGAACAUAUUCACUGUCAUCUCUUUUUCAUGAAGAAUUUCCUAAUCCAGAUUUCCUUGAUUAUCCAUUGAAUGACUUAGACCGCUUGGCUAGGAUAGUUGGUUCUGUGAAUGGGUUGCUUUGUCUCAGUAUUGGUUAUGAUAAUGUUUUUAUAUGGAACCCAGCUACUAGGAAAUCAAAGAGACUACCCAACUAUGACUCUUCUAAAGAGUUUCCAAGGCAAUACGCUGUAUAUGGGUUUGGCUAUGAUGAAGAUACUGCAGACUAUAAUGUGGUGGUUAUUACUCCUAGAAUGAUAGGUUUUGAACGCCAGUCUGACAGCAAGAUUUUUGGGUUAAAGAGUGAUUCAUGGAGGAAGAUUGAAGAUUUCCCUAAAGAUGUGCCAGUGAUUGAUGCAAGGGGGGUUUUUGUGAGUGGAUCACUUCACUGGAUUGCUGCAAGGAAUGGGGAAAUGGAAGAAGAUUGGAGGAGUACUUCUAUCCUCUCUUUCGAUAUGUCCAAAGAAACUUACUCUGAAAUAUUGCAACCUCCUUAUGCUUAUGGGGAGGAGACUUUUAUUCCGGUUCUUGGGGUUUUAAGUGGAUGCCUAUUUCUGCUGCUUGACUUUGAAGAGAUCAAAGGUGAUGUAUGGGUGAUGAAGGAGUAUGGAAAUGUAGAGUCUUGGUCUAAGUUGUUUUCAAUACCGUAUCAAGAUGAUCCAAUUUAUUUCAACCCUUGUUCGCCCAUAUAUAUUUUCAAGAAAAAUGAAUUGUUUUUGUUGUUAGGAUUCUUUAUGUUGCUGUAUAAUAUCAACAACAAUACAGUUACGCAUCCCAACUUUAGGACUAACCUUAGGACUAACCUCGGAAUAGACACUUAUGUUGAGAGCCUAGUCUCUCCUUGUCUUGAAUGGUGUCAAUUCCCAACUACAGAUUGAGUGAGGAUGAGAUGAUGAUAAAAACAAUAUAUGUAUUUUGUUGGUUUUGAUUCCUUAUUCUCAAUUCUAACGUUUUAUUUGUGUACAUUGCAAUCAUAAAGCUUUUUGACCAGUAUGGGCUA